UUAAAGCGCCUAAUCCCGGGGGGUGUCCGGUCCGGUGAGUCCGUGACACGGACAGGCACUCGCGCUCGGCACUGCUCGGUAACGGGCUCCUGCAUUCUUCUCAGCCGUGUUCCCGUGGAUCCACUGAGGCUCCCGGUGACUGUGUUGUUGUCGUUACCGACGCGCUUGGAAACGGUCGUGGUCGUUACACCGGGAUGAAUCAUGUCUUCGUUUGUGAGCCGGGUUCAGUUUUUAGACGAUACCGAUCCGUUCAACAGCACCAACUUCCCGGAACCGACCAGACCUCCUCUCUACACCUUCAGAGAAGAUAUUCCCCUCAUCAACCAGAUCGCGGGAGUCCACAGACUCCUCAAAGCUCCUCACAAGCUCGAUGACUGCGCUCUACAGCUCUCACACACCGGUGUGUAUCUGGAUCUGGAGUCGACGCUGGACGAGCAGAGAGAUGAACUGGAGGGGUUUCAGCAGGACGACUGCGGAGGUAGGGGGAAGAAACACAGUGUGGUUUUACGGACUCAGCUGAGCGUUCGUGUGCACGCGUGUAUCGAGAAGCUGUAUAACUGUAAUGGCCGUGACCUGAGGAGGGCGCUGUUUUCCCUCAAGCAGAUAUUCCAGGACGAUAAGGACCUGGUGCAUGAGUUCGUGAUGGCUGAAGGUCUGACGUGUUUGAUCAAGGUCGGCGCUGAAGCGGAUCAGAACUACCAGAACUACAUCCUCAGAGCGCUGGGUCAGAUCAUGCUGUAUGUGGACGGGAUGAACGGGGUCAUAGGUCACGCUGAGACCAUCCAGUGGCUCUACCUGCUCGUCGGCUCGAAGUUCCGUCUGGUGGUGAAGACGUCUCUGAAGCUCCUGCUGGUGUUUGUGGAGUACUGCGAGUCCAACGCCGCGCUGCUCAUCCAGGCCAUCCGCAGCGUCGACACCGAGAGAGGCUGUAAGCAGUGGUCAAAUGCGAUGGAGAUUUUAGCGGAGAAAGAUGGUGUGGACACAGAGCUGCUGGUGUAUGUGAUGACCCUCAUUAACAAGACGCUGGCGGCGCUGCCCGAUCAGGACUCGUUCUAUGACCUGCUGGACAUCCUGGAGGAUCAGGGCAUGGAAAGCGUUUCCCAGCGGUACCUGGGGCGCAAGGGCACCGACCUGGACCUGCUGGAGCAGCUCAACAUCUACGAGGCGACUCUUCGUCACGAGGACGGUGAUGAGGACGGUGCGCGGGACCGGCGGCGGGCUAGCGUUGGCACUGGAGAGAGGCGGGGCUUGGAGAGACGCCGCAGUCGCAGGCAUUCAUUGGGCAGGACAGGCCACGCCUCCCCACUUAGCCCCUCCUCCCCACACCGCUCACGGUGUAACGGACCCGAGCUCAAUGAGAGGUCAUGUUCUGCUGCAAGUUCUCCAUCUACACCUGACAAACAACAGAAUGAACGGCCUGCUCUCGGAGGCCUCCUCUCGUCCUCGUACCGGCAGCAUCAGGAGUCUCUGGCAGCGGAGAGAGAGAGACGUCGGGUCGAGCGAGAGGAGCGACUGCAGAGGAUCGAGAGAGAGGAGCGCAAUCGACAGAGUCGGGACUAUGUUUCCAACAUGGAGGAGGCCCGACACGCUCGAGAUGAGAGGUUUAAGACGGCGGAGCGACUGGCCACGGAGGAGUUCGAGCGAGAGCGACUGCGUUCGACACCUCGAGGUCUCAGCCUCACUCUGAGCCCGACUGACACCUGUCAAUCAUCCCGCAGUGCCACGCCCACCUCUGUGACAUCACUGGAUGAGCAGGACACGCCCCCUGAACCAGACACCAAUGAUCUAGAACCGGAUGUGGAGGCGAGUCUAGAACUGGAGGAGAAGCAAACAGAACCCGGAGAAGACCCGGAACAGGAAGUGGAGGAGAGAAGUGCUGAGCAGGAAGUGGGCGGAGCCGAGGAGCAGGUUGAGGAGAGAGGGGAGGGGUCAGAACAGGAGGUGGGCGGGGCCACAGAGCAGGUUGAGGAGGAAGGGGAGGAGUCUGAGCGGGAAGCUCCUGAUGGAGAAGCGGAGGACAGUGGGAUCCUGAGCGAUAAAGAACGACAGAACGAGGAGGUGAACGAGAAGGAUAACUGCUCCGCCUCCAGCAUCUCGUCCGCCAGCAGCACACUGGAGAGGGAGGAUCACGCGGAGGCCGGUCAGUGGUCUCAGAGCGGCGGCGUGAAUGAACAGCGAAACAAGAUCCUCGACAGCAAACUCUUCAUGCUGGACAUGCUCUACUCGCAGAGCAAAAAGCCCUCGGAGGAAGAGGAGGACGAAGAGGAGCCGAGCGAAGAGAAGGAGCGUGACGGAAGAGAGAAAGAGCGGGAGGAUCUGUUAGCGUCGACGCAGGCCGAGAACGUUAGCACGACUGACGGAGAGCAGCGAGUCGAGACCCAGAGCAACGUACGGGCGUUCGCCGAGCGCUUCGGAGAGCUGGUGAAGGGUCUCAGUUCUCCACCAAUAGAAACGCAGGCACCUCCCCCUCCUCCUCCUCCUCCUCCUGUGAAGAAGGAGUCAGACUGCAUAUGGGACCAGCUGAUGGCGAGUCCACGAGACCUGCGCAUCGGAGACAUCGACUUCACCGACCUCACAGACGAGGACGAUCAGGACGUGCUGGACUCGGGAAGUUUAAUGAGCUCUGGAGAUCUGCUGGCUCCGCCCCCUCCUCCGCCCUGCCCCUUUAAUCUCCCGCCUCCGCCCCCAAUGUUCGCCUGCCAGGCCCCACCCCCUCCCAUCUUUAGCAUCCGCGUGCCGCCGCCCCCUCCGUGCUUCUCCGGCCAGGCUCCGCCCCCUCCACAGCAGGAGGCGGAGCUAACACCACUCUACCAGAAGAGGAAGAAGACCAUCCGGCUGUUCUGGAGUGAAGUUCGGCCCGCCGACUGGAUCUGCCGGAACCACAGGCGGAGCCAGGAGUCGCUCUGGUCCCGACUGGAACCGGUCAAAGUCGACACCGCUAAACUCGAGCUUCUGUUCGAGAGCAAAUCCAAGGAGAUGCCCGCGGCUAAGAAAACGGCAGCGGACGGGAAGCGGCAGGAGAUUAUCAUCCUGGAUUCCAAACGCAGCAACUCCAUCAACAUCGGCCUGACGGUCCUUCCUCCGCCGCGCACCAUCAAAACCGCCAUCCUGAACUUCGACGAGUACGCGCUCAACAAAGAGGGCAUCGAGAAAAUCCUGACGAUGAUACCCACGGAGGAGGAGACGCAGAGGAUCCAGGAAGCUCAGCUGUUGAAUCCUGAUAUCCCGCUGGGAAGCGCGGAGCAGUUCCUCCUGACGCUGUCCUCCAUCAGCGAGCUCUCGGCACGCCUGCAGCUCUGGGCCUUCAAACUCGACUAUGAAGCCACUGAGAAGGAAGUGGCUGAGCCCCUACAGGACCUGAAGGAGGGCAUGGAUCAGCUGGAGAAAAACAAAACGCUACGGGUUAUCCUGUCCACUCUGCUCGCCAUCGGAAACUUCCUGAACGGCUCUAACGCGAAAGGCUUCGAUCUGAGUUAUCUGGAGAAAGUUCCUGAGGUGAAGGACACGGUGCACAAGCAGUCUCUCCUGCAUCACGUCUGCGGCCUCGUGGUGGAGAACCACCCCGACAGCACCGACCUGUACUCCGAGAUCGGGGCCCUCACACGCUCCGCCAAGGUGGAUUUCGAUCAGCUGCAGGAGAGCCUGACCCAGAUGGAGUGGCGCUGCAAAGCAUCAUGGGAUCACCUGAAAGUCAUCGCGAAGCACGAGAUGAAGCCGGCGCUGAAGCAGAAGAUGUCGGACUUCCUGAAGGACUGCGCCAAGAGGAUCAUCAUCCUGAAGAUCGUGCACCGCCGAGUCAUCAACAGGUUUCACUCGUUCCUGCUGUUCCUGGGUCAGCCGGCCCACAGCGUGCGGGACAUGAGUGUGACGCGCCUCAGUAAGAUCAUCAGCGAGUUCGCGCUGGAGUACCGGACCACACGCGACCGGGUCCUGCAGCAGAGGCAGAAGCGGGCCGAUCACAGAGAGAGGAACAAGACGCGCGGGAAGAUGAUCACAGACCUCACCACAGCGACUGAUGAUGAAGAGGACAGUGAGGCGGGUCGGGUGUGUGUGAGCAGUAGUGCUCCUCCUGUCGGGACGCACGCGGAGCCGCAGGGUUUGUGUCACGCUGAAGACACAGCCGAACACGAGCAGAUGAAGGCGGUGCUGAAGACCAGCGUUCAGAGCAGCGACAGCAGCGACACCACUGUGGUUCCACUGCGCACACGCACGCGCACACGGGCCAGCAGAGGACGCUCCGUAUUGGCCGCUGCGAACGAAGAGUCCCCGUGUGCGACGGACGACGCUGCCGAUGACAUCAUGGAGCGGAUCGUGCGUUCGGCGACUCAGAGUCCCAGAGAACGAGCGCAACCCCGCGAACGACGACGCUCACGCGUUAACCGAAAAUCACUGAGACGGACUCUGAAGGGGGGCUUGACCCCAGAAGAAGCCCAGGCGCUGGGAUUCGACACGUCGGAGAUGCCGGUGUAAUGGGACGUCCCGCGCUGAACCACACUGACGCUUCUGCCUUCCCAGAACACACCUCAGGACAACACAACACACACGAUCCCACAGUAAAAACAUCUCGUUAACGAAUCACCUGAUCAUAUAUAGAGUGACGUCACUGCUCCGCCACGCCCUCGUUACAUCACAGCCAAUCACAAGCCUGCACUGUGACUUUAGAACUGAGUGACACGACGUCACAGAAAAGGUGAGAAUGUGUUCUAGCCCCGACUGGACACACACUCAGGGUUUUCUGUUGAAUUAUUUCUGUUUAAAUCUCAUCUCGAAUGGAGAGAACAGAGGAGUGAUGACCUGUAGCUGUUUGGUCAGGGAGAUUGGGAUACUUUUGGUCUAUUUAUUAUAAUGUAUAAGAUGAGAGCAUUGAAUAUGAACACACACGGACUGGAUUUUUUAAAACUAUUGUGGAGUUUUCUAUCUUUUGCCAUAUUGCAGUUCUGGUGUGACACAUGACGUGCGUCUGUGCUUUUUGAAGAACGGCGUGUUUUAUGAUCCUGCCGUCCUCUGUAGGCGUCUUCUGUUCGAGUGUUACGGUAGAUUUCAAUGUGCCUUUGACACAGAAGGAACGAGGAUAAUAAACUCCUUCCUGUG